AUGGAAAUUGUGUUAGUGGAGACUUCCCUCCGUUUCCACGUACCAGAAGGCAUUACCUAUGUCAAGGAGGGAAAUGAGACAAUACUGUUACUCAUUAAUCUGAAUUUGACACAGGAGAAAUCUUCUCAUCCAGGUUCCCACGACUCCUUCAGUUUUUACAUCGAUGAAGCCUCACCAGUUGGGCCGGAGCAGCCUGAGACUGUGCAGAACUUUGUCUCUGUGUUUGGCACAGUGGCCAAGAAGCUGAUGAGGAAGUGGUUGGCGACACAGACCAUGAACUUCAUCACCCAGCUGGAGGCAGGCAUCCGCUUCUUUGACCUCCGCAUAUCCACCAAACCCAGAGACCCCGACAACGAGCUCUACUUUGCACACGGCCUGUUCAGCGCCACCGUACGCGAAGGCCUGGAGCAGAUCAGCACCUUCCUGGCCUCCCAUGCUCGUGAGGUUGUGUUCCUGGACUUCAACCACUUCUACGGCGUACAGAACCUCCAUCACGAGAAGCUGGUCCAGAUGCUGCGCACCAUCUUCGGGGACCGACUCUGUCCGGUAGUGUUUGCUCAAGAGGUAAGCCUGAAGUACCUCUGGGAGAAAGAGUAUCAGGUGCUGGUCUUCUAUCACAAUCCCAUGGCUCUGGAGGUUCCUUUCCUGUGGCCUGGUCAGAUGAUGCCUUCUCCUUGGGCCAAUACCACAGAUCCCGAGAAGCUCAUCCAGUUCCUUCAAGCCUCAGUAAAGGAUCGGAGACGCAAGGGCACCUUUUUUGUGUCCCAAGUGGUUCUCACUCCUAAAGCAAGCACCGUCAUGAAGGGUGUCACCAGCGGUCUGAGGGAGACCAUCACAGAGAGGGCUCUUCCUGGCAUGAUGCAGUGGAUCCGCUCACAGCGACCAGGGGAAAAUGGAGUAAACAUCAUCACGGCCGAUUUUGUGGAGCUGGGGGAAUUUAUCAGCGCCGUUAUCACUCUCAACUACUACCUGGAUGAUGAGGAAGAGAAUGCCACCUGAACCUCCCCAUUUCCCACAUUGCUUGUGGUAUCAUUUACUUGCUCCCUCUCUCUCCAUAUUUUUAUGUUUUAUUGAUUUUUAUUUAUCUUUUGGAUCAUAGAGGCUGUGUCCGUCUGACAUUUUUAGGGCUAAUGGAAACCAUGAGAAUGAAAGUAGAGACCAGACACGGUCAGGUGGAAUAAUUUCAGGUUUUGUCUGAGGAUGAACAGGGGCAGAUGGUGAAUUAAUUUCUUUCUGGGCAAAAAAAGGUGACUGGCCUUUUCCCAUGUUUCUCUGUUUUCAAUCUGUGGACUACUAGUUUCUGAUCCACAUGCUCAAAACCUUGAUAAGUUCUGCCCAAAUUCUGCUUCUGAUCAAAGUAACAGUAAAAUUAACUCAUUUCAUGGGAAUAAAUAUCGUUUGUACAGUGAAUGUGAUGCUGAAUCUAUUGUAGGUUUAUUUCUAGUGGUCAUAGUAACUUGUAUGAUUGUCGAGUUGUAAAUACUUGUAAACCUGUUGAAUUGUAACUUUGCUCACUAUUUGUCAUGCCCAAACAUACGUCAAGAGUUGAGGUUCCCUUUGGGGCCUCGGCCCGGUCUUACGAUGUUGAAGAAGUGAACUAUUAGAUGUUUGUAUUCAGAACCAAAAAUUCCAAUUGUAUGUAACAGCAUUUUUGCCUUUCUGCCGUUAUCAACACUAAUAAGUGAGGCUUUGUAUCUACAUUUUUGUAGUCAUCCUUUACUUUAUCCAAGAGAUUAUUUUAUAUAUCCGUGAAUAACAAAAAUAUUCUUUGCAUUUGCACUGCUGUGACUAUGGACUGUUAAAGAGUGGCCACUGAAGUUGCAGACCCCCCCCCCCACC